AUGACCACGGAUCCCUCACUCGCCGAAGGCACGUCUGAGCCCACCGAGGCGACACGCACCACAGACCCAAAGGCCGCCGCCGCCGCCCAGCCCGCCAACGAGCAGCGCACGACCGACCCCGAAGCCGCGCCGCACCCGUCCGGCCCGACGCGCUGGCACCACUGGCACCGCGACGCGUCCGCAGGGCACGCGGUGCUGCAGCACGACGGGGUGCUAUACCAGGCGGUAUGGGCACCGCAUACCCUCGCGGAUCGCGUGAUAAACGACAACGGCGUGCCGCUGCCUUCUUUGCCCGUGCCCGGCGCGCGGGGGGUCAAGAUCGACGGCGACGCCGUGUCCGCGCUGUCUGACGACGAGGUCGCGCGGCUCGCGGCGCCGCUGUCCGAGGCGUACUGGGACGCCCUGGGGCCCGAGCACGACGCGGAGGAUGCGGCGCGCACCGCGCAGGCACAGGCGAGCGCUGCGUUCCUCUCUCUGCCGGUUAUCGACGGCGCCGAGAGCAACGCGGCAUACCACGCCAAAGUGCCCCGCUCCGAGCUCGAAGUGGCGCAGCUGCUCGCCGCGCGCGGGCUGCCGCACGUCGUCCAGCUGCUAGGCCGCACCUCCACGCAGCUGCUCACGGCGCACGCAGGCACGAGCCUCACGGACGCCUUCUUCGGCGCGCCCCACCUGUUCGCGGAUGCAGCUGUGCGCCGCAGCUGGGUGUACGACGUCGCGCGCGCCGUUUGCGGCCUGCACGCAAGGGGGAUCGUGCACCGCGACCUGUCGACGAACAAUGUCGUUGUCGACGGCCACGGCCGCGCAGUGCUCGUCGACCUCGAGAGCGACGGCACGACGGGCGGGUACGGCCCGCCUGAGAUGAGCCGCCCGGGGUUUGUGUUUGACAUGCCCGCCGACAUGUUCGGUUUCGGCAUGCUCCUCUGGAGCGUGCAGUGCAAGAACAUGCCGCGCGCGUUCACGUCUGCGACUAUGGCGUGCGAGGGCGACUUUGCGGCGCUGAUGCGCCGUUGUACGACGUUCAAGCCCGAGGACAGGCCUACCGCGCACGAGGCGGUCGUUGAGGUCGAGCGUGUGCUCCGGGCGUUUGGCGAGCUGGAGUAG